UUUUCGCCCUUUUUGUCCCUCCUUCGCUACCGUAGCUGUGGGGUCGGGUUGCCUGGAGACGGCGGAACCGUUCGGUUAUGGUUAGGAGCAGCAGCGAUGGAGAAGUACGAGAAAAUCAAAGUAGUUGGAAGAGGAGCUUUCGGGAUUGUUCACCUGUGCCGCAGGCGCAGUGACGACGCCUUUGUGAUCCUGAAAGAGAUCCCAGUGGAGCAGAUGUCACGAGACGAACGUCUGGCAGCUCAGAACGAGUGUCAGGUGCUGAAGCUGCUUAACCACCCGAAUAUUAUAGAGUACUAUGAGAACUUCCUGGAAGACAAGGCCCUCAUGAUAGCAAUGGAAUAUGCUCCAGGUGGGACCUUGGCAGAUUACAUCCAGAAGCGCUGUAACUCCCUGCUGGAUGAGGACACCAUCCUGCACUUCUUUGUACAGAUCCUGCUCGCUCUGUACCACGUGCACAACAAACUAAUCCUGCACCGUGACCUCAAGACACAGAAUAUUCUUCUGGACAAGCACCAGAUGAUUGUCAAAAUCGGUGACUUUGGCAUCUCCAAAAUCCUCGUCAGCAAGAGCAAAGCCUACACCGUGGUCGGGACGCCUUGCUACAUCUCCCCUGAGCUGUGUGAAGGAAAGCCAUAUAACCAGAAGAGUGAUAUCUGGGCUUUGGGCUGUGUGCUGUAUGAGCUGGCGAGCCUCAAGAGAGCCUUCGAGGCUGCUAAUCUACCAGCCCUCGUCCUGAAGAUCAUGAGCGGCACCUUCGCUCCGAUCUCAGACCGCUACAGCCCGGAACUCCGACAGCUCAUCCUCAACAUGCUCAACCUGGACCCGUCCAAACGGCCUCAGCUCAAUGAAAUAAUGGCUCUCCCCAUCUGCAUCAGGCCUUUGCUUAAUCUCUACACAGAUAUAGGCAAUGUAAAAAUGCGCAGGAUUGAGAAACCACUUUCCACUGUGCAGACUGGUUCUCAGGCUAGACCAGGAGGGAGGGUUCCUACCAACAGGUCCAGAGAUGGAUCAGUCGGAUUAGGAUCAGGGAAGUUGCAUUCCCUCCCGCUGUCCUCAGUCUACACAUGGGGAAGCGGCAUUUCGGCACCUCUCCGCCUGCCAAUGCUCAACACUGAGGUGCUUCAGGUGUCUCUGGGCCGCACUCAGAAAAUGGGAGUCACCAAAUCAGGACGUCUGAUCACAUGGGAGGCUCCGUCUGUGGGGUCGGGUGAGGCCAGUCUUCCUGGUGUGGUGGAGCAGAUGCAGCCUCAGUUCAUUUCUCGCUUCCUUGAGGGUCAGUCCGGCGUCACCAUCAAGUCCGUGUCCUGUGGCGACCUCUUCACCACCUGCAUGACAGACAGGGGCAUUAUCAUGACAUUCGGAAGUGGGAGCAAUGGCUGUUUAGGACACGGCAACUUCAAUGAUGUAACACAGCCCAAGAUAGUGGAGGCACUCCUGGGCUAUGAGCUCGUUCAGGUGUCCUGUGGCGCUUCCCAUGUCCUCGCUGUGACCAAUGAACGAGAAGUAUUUGCCUGGGGAAGAGGAGACAAUGGUCGCCUCGGGCUCGGCACCCAAGACACCCACAACUGUCCACAGCAGGUGUGUUUACCUGUGGAAUUUGAGGCCCAGAGGGUGGUGUGUGGAGUCGAUUGCUCCAUGAUUAUCAGCACUCACCACAGCAUUAUGGCAUGUGGAAGUAACAGAUUCAACAAGCUUGGCCUGGAUAAGAUCACAGCUGGAGAGGAACCAAAUCCCUUGAACCAAGUGGAAGAAGAUCACUCUUACUCUCCAGUUCAGUCAGCCCCACUGAACAACGAGAAGAUUGUUUACAUUGACAUUGGGACGGCCCACUCUGUCGCUGUUACAGAGAGGGGUCAAUGUUUCACCUUCGGCAGCAACCAGCACGGACAGAUGGGCUGCAGCUCCCGUCGUAGCAGCCGUGUCCCCUACCUGGUCCCCAGCUUACAGGGCAUCACCAUGGCUGCCUGUGGCGACGCCUUCACGUUAGCUAUCGGAUCUGAAGGAGAGGUGUACACGUGGGGUAAGGGUGCCCGCGGCCGCCUCGGAAGGAAGGAGGAGGACUCUGGGAUACCGAAGGCGGUGCUGCUCGACGAGAGUCACCCGUUCACCGUGACAUCCGUGGCCUGUUGUCAUGGCAACACCCUGCUGGCAGUGAAGCCUCUACUCGAGGAUCCUGUCCCGAGAUGAUCUUGUCCCGAAUGCUAACCACCCUGCAGCCGUCGUAAAACCCAGCGGUGGCCUGAGGAGCAGGACAGCUUCCUUCCAGAGACCCAUCUGUGCCUCAGUUGAAAGAUUUCCUUUCACUCUGCAGCUGCAGCCUCAGAUUUUCACUCUCGUGGUUUGAUAUCACAGACUGCAACACAGAGAAGUUCACAACCUGUCCGUGGCAACAGGUGUAUCUCUGCAGAUCAUUUAAAGGUAGUGUUGCAACACUGAUACUGAAGCUGGAUAACAGGAAGCCACGCUCUCUUGUGACGAACUAUUGUCCUUCCUCACGUGUAACGUUAGCACAGUGAACCGCGGCAGGCCGGCAAAAGUCAAACUGGUUUGAGCUCUUAAGCAAGUGGUGAUUGAGUUGUAAAGAAUGAAACCACUUGAGCGUUGAGCAUUCAAAGAACACGUUAAUCUUGGUCACAUCGUCAGUGGUCACUUUGUGCUUUAUUGGAUUAGUCCUCCUAUACAGCAGUGUACAAAACAGAUAACGACUGAACUGCUGAGUCUGAAAUCACUUCCUCGUUCACUCACUCUCUUUCUAACAAACACUCAGCAGUAAAAAGAGAUUUUAGACUCAUUAUUCUGCUUCAUCGCUGACUGUAGUAGGAAGUAGUGUACAUGCAGUCAAUUGUGCUGGUUUAAAUCUGUUUUAGGAAUCUUUAAUGGGAAGAACAGCGCAAAUAUUUUCACAAUUCGGACUCACACAAAAUGGUAGACGGUGAACAAAGUGAACGACAUAGCAAACAGGGAGUGAUUCCAGGCACUGCCUUCAUACUUUUGUUAAAACGUGACACGUGUUGCUAACAUGUCGUGGUGAUAUAUGUUCAGUAAACUGUGACCAAAGACAAAAACAUCCAGAAAGUCGAGCAGGAAGGCUGCCAGUAAGGCGUGAACAAGUUUAGGUUUGCUUUAGGUUUCAUCAUAUACUAGACGGCCUCUUCCCUCUUCCCAGUGUAGAAAUACAUAGAUCAGCCAUAAAAUUAUGACCACCUUUCCGAAUAUUGUGUAGUUCCCCUUUUUGUCACCAAAACAGCCUUGAACCAUCAUAACAAGGACUCCACUUAGACCUCUUAAAGUCUACUGUGGUGUCUGGCACCAAGACUGUUAGUAGCAGAUCCUUUAAGUCCUGCAUCUUGAUGAACUACUUGUUUUGUUCCUCAAACCAAGACCCCACAGACAGACGUACAGGCGUACAUGGUCUGUAGCAGCACUUAGCUCUGGGGUAGGUGUCAAAAUAGCAUCCACAUGAAUGGCAGGACCCAAGUAUCCCAGCAGAACACUGCCCAAAGCAUCACAUUGCAUCUGCCGGCUUGUCUUUUUCCCAUAACGCUUCUUACUGCCAUGCGGUACCCAACCGAGCAACAUACACAUACUAGACCUGUUCUAGUGUGUUCUGAUGCUCGUGUGUACAUAUGUAAGAGCUUCUGGAGCUACAUUUUCUAGGAUAGGACCAUAUGGCUCAGCCUUCACUUCCCACCGAUAUCAGUGAUCCUUGUGCCACCCAUGACCCUAUUGAUGGUUCACGUCUUUUCUGUCCUUGGACCACUUUUGAUAUGACCACUGAAGACUGAGACCACCCCACAAGUGCUGCAGUUUUGGUGAUGCUGCAUGAUCUGGUCCGUGUCAGAGUCAAAUCCUUCCACUUGUCCAUUUUUCUUGCUUCCAUCAUCGACUUUGAGGAAACAUAUUCACUUGCUGCCGGAUAUAUCACAUCCUCUGACAGGUGCUAUGAUAACCAGAUAAUCAGUGUUAUUCACCUGUCAGUGGUCAUAAUGUUAUGGCUGAUCAGUGUAGCACAAGUAAAAGAGCUGCACUCAGUUUUUUACUCAAAUGAAAGAUAUAUAAAAUUAACUUUAAAUUUUGUAAUGAAGGGAAAUUCAUUCAGAAUUUGUUUUCUCUAAGUAACAGAAGUAAAAGUUUUGCAUGGUGGCUUUAAUUUGAAGUUCUUGUAUAUGACUAUAUUAAUAAUGUUACAACAGUUUUCAAACCAGCUACAGUGUUCUUUACAGAAUAGAAAAGAAAGCAUGAGACAAGUAAAAUAGAAGCAAUAAAACAAGAACUAAUCCACAAAAUCUUUCCUGUAAAGGUCAGUUUUGAAUCUCCCUUAAUAAAUCCACAGAUCAUUAUUUAUUUAAGCUAGCAAAUAAUGUAGGGAUGACAACUGUAUGAUGUAUAAAGUACAGAAAUAGAAAUACAAUUUUAACACUGCUGAAAGUGUGAAUUAAUAUCUUUGUGUAUUAUAAUGUUUGCAUUUAAUUAUCUUUUUCUCACUGUGAUAUUUUCUACUGCUAAAGCUUUUAUUGGUAAAACAAAAAAAGAAAGAUGUAUAUCCACAAUAAAAGCUUUAACAUGACAAUGCAAGAUACUAAGAUACUAAAAUAAGAUACUAAAGAUACUAAACAUUUAAAGGAUAUGAAGAUGUGUUACCUGCUUUGCUUAAAAUUAGUAUUUAUGUUGAAUCAUGAGUCUUAUCUAUAAAAUGAAUGUGAUUUUUUAAUGUGAUGACCUGAUAUAUAAUAACCUUCUCAGUGGCCGUAUGGUCGUCUCUGCUCAUCUCCUCUACAUCAGCCUCAGAUUAAUCAGCAGCCCGUGUCAUUAUUAGCAGGAUUUUUUCAGUAAUUGAUUCUUCUCGGAGGACACUGCUCAGCUGCUAUUGUUGUCCUGUAUGAUGAUGUAAUGGUGAUGUAAUCCGGUGGCAACACAGCAGGUGAAACAUGAUCCAGAUGUGGGCAUGCGCGCUGCGUUGCCACUGUGAAAAGUGACGUCCAGCUGUUUACUAUUUAAUGAGUGUAAGAAGUAAGGCCAUAUUUGUUUUGUUUUGUGAA